AUGAUAAAUACUAGUCCUUUGUCCCCGGACCUCGGCACGCCUGUUCCAGCUGUUGGCGCCAGCCUAUGUAAGGACAACGGAUGCAGCUGCUGGAAGAUCUUCUGCUGUAUCCUGUGCUCCCUUGUUCCUGUUAUUUUGGACCUGAGCCGGCUUAACUCUCAACUCUUCUUGUCUGCUGUCUGCCUUCUGACCCCCACCUGUCUUGACCAGUGGUGUAUUCUGGUUGUGACCCGGCUCGCCUGCGACUCCCCUCUUGCUGGUUUUGCACCUCAUUGCCUGCUGGUUGCCAACCUGGUCCAUCUGACUCCGCUUCUGUCUUGCUCUGCUACCAUUAGGCCCGCUGAUGACAGUCUCCUUCAGAGGGAUCCAUUCUCAUGUUCAGAGUGUGGAAAAUCUUUCAGUCGUAGAGUACACCUUGUUGUACACCAGAGAAUUCACACAGGUGAAUGUCCUUAUUUAUGUUCAGAGUGCGGGAAAUCUUUCACUAAGAAAGGAGACCUUUUUAGGCACCAGAGAAUUCACACGGGUGAGCGUCCUUAUUCAUGUUCAGAGUGCGGGAAAUCUUUCACUCAGAAAGGACAGCUUGUUAGGCACCAGAGGAUUCACACGGCUGAGCGUCCUCAUUCAUGUUCAGAGUGCGGGAAAUCGUUCACUCGGAAAGGACACCUUGUUAGGCAUCAGAGGAUUCACACGGCUGAGCGUCCUCAUUCAUGUUCAGAGUGCAGGAAAUCUUUCACAGAGAAAAAAGACCUUGUUAUACACCAGAGAAUUCACACGGGUGAGCGUCCUUACUCAUGUUCAGAGUGCGAGAAAUCAUUCAUUCAUGAAGGAGCCCUUGUUAUGCACCAGAGAAUUCACACAGGUGAGCAUCAUUUUUCAUGUUCAGAGUGCGGGAAAUCUUUCAUUUGGAAAGGACAGCUUGUUAGGCAUCAGAGAAUUCACACUGGUGAGCGUCCUAAUUCAUGUUCAGAGUGCGGGAAAUCUUUCACUUGGAAAGGACAGCUUGUUAGGCAUCAGAGAAUUCACACGGGUGAGCAUCCUUAUUCAUGUUCAGAGUGCAUGAAUUCUUUCACAGGUAAAAAAGACCUUGUUAUACACCAGAGAAUUCAUACUGGUGAGCGUCCUUAUUCAUGUUCAGAGUGCGGGAAAUCUUUCACAGAUAAAAAAGCCCUUGUUAUACACCAGAGAAUUCACACAGGUGUGCAUCCUUAUUCAUGUUCAGAGUGCUGCAAAUCUUUCACUCAGAAAGCAAACCUUGUUAGGCACCAGAUAAUUCACACGGGUGAGCGUCUCUAUUCAUGUUCAGAGUGCGGGAAAUCGUUCACUCGGAAAAGUCACCUUGUUAGGCAUCAGAGGAUUCACACGGCUGAGCGUCCUUACUCAUGUUCAGAGUGCGAGAAAUCAUUCAUUCAUGAAGGAGACCUUGUUAACCACCAGAGAACUCACACGGGUGAACGUCCUUAUUCAUGUUCAGAGUGCGGGAAAUCUUUCACUAAGAAUGCAGACCUUGUUGUACACCAGAGAAUUCACACGGGUGAGCGUCCUUAUUCAUGUUCAGAGUGCGGGAAAUCUUUCACUUGGAAAGGACAGCUUGUUAGGCAUCAGAGAAUUCACACUGGUGAGCGUCCUAAUUCAUGUUCAGAGUGCGGGAAAUCUUUCACUUGGAAAGGACAGCUUGUUAGACACCAGAGAAUUCACACGGGUGAACUUCCUUAUUCAUGUUCAGAGUGCGGGAAAUCUUUCACUGAGAAAGGAACCCUUGUUAUACACCAGAGAAUUCACACGGGUGAGCGCCCUUAUUCAUGUUCAGAGUGCGGGAAAUCUUUCACAGAUAAAAGAGCCCUUGUUAUACACCAGAGAAUUCACACAGGUGAGCGUCCUUAUUCAUGUUCAGAGUGCUGCAAAUCUUUCACUCAGAAAGCAAACCUUGUUAGGCACCAGAUAAUUCACACGGGUGAGCGUCUCUAUUCAUGUUCAGAGUGCGGGAAAUCUUUCACUUGGAAAGUGCAGCUUGUUAGGCACCAGAGGAUUCACACGGGUGAGCAUCCUUAUUCAUGUUCAGAGUGCGGGAAAUCUUUCACUCAGAAAGGACAGCUUGUUAGGCAUCAGAGGAUUCACACGUGUGAGCGUCCUCAUUCAUGUUCAGAGUGCGGGAAAUCGUUCACUCGGAAAGGUCACCUUUUUAGGCAUCAGAGGAUUCACACGGCUGAGCGUCCUUACUAAUGUUUAGAGUGCGAGAAAUCAUUCACUCAUAAAGGAGACCUUGUUAGACACCA